UCGCUUUUCUCUUCUCCCAUUUUCCGCUCAGAGUCUGUUCCUUGGGUUCCGAAGACCGCCGGCGACCUCGGCGGCGGUUUCCCGACACUGCCGUCGAAAAAACCGGUUUCCUUACUGGUCGUGUGGAAACCGGAACCCGGUCCGGAAGAAUUUCCAAGGGAAUUAAUUUAAUUAAAAAAUUGUAAUUUUUUUUUGGGUCUGAGAUGGUUUUCUUGUUCUCGAGCUCUCCUCUCCUCUCCAAUGGCGGGAGCUCGACGAAACCCUAAGUCCCAGAAUCGGACGGCCGAGAGCUUUCCAUCCAGGCGCUGAGCCCCCGAUCGAGCGGCCGAGAUAUUUCUAGAGUUUCGUGGCGUUUAUGCAUGGAGGGGAGGGAAGAAGGGGCGCCUGCGGGGGUGGCGGUCACGGUGCCGGCGGAGGCCGCCGGGAGCUGCCCUCCGCCACCGCUGCCGCCGGAGGCGAUGGUCACAGCGGAGGAGUCUGGUGGGGGCGCGGCGGCCUCGGCGCUGCCGGCGGAGACAGCAACGGCGCCCCCACCGCCACCCGUGGCGGCGGUGCCGGUGGGGCCGGCGUCUGUGAGCGUGGGGAUGCCGGUGCAGAAGAAAAAGCGGGGGAGGCCGAGGAAGUACGGGCCUGACGGAAGCUUGGUGAUGCCGCUGUACCCGAUGCCAAUAUCGGCCUCGGUGCCGGCGGGGGAGUACCCCACCGUGGCGGCGGUGGGGGCGGCGAUGAAGCGGGGUAGAGGGCGGCCAGGAGGUUUUGUGAGCAAACAACAGUAUGGUUUCGAGUUGGAGUCUUUAGGUGAAAUGGUUGCAUACUCUGCUGGUGCAAAUUUCACACCUCAUGUCAUCACAGUUGCAGCUGGCGAGGAUGUUACUAUGAAGAUCAUAUCCUUUUCUCAACAAGGUCCUCGAGCUAUUUGUAUUUUAUCUGCUAAUGGUGUCAUAUCAAAUGUUACACUUCGUCAACCUGAUUCCUCAGGUGGUACAUUGACUUACGAGGGCCGCUUUGAGCUGCUCUCCUUAUCUGGAUCAUUCAUGCCAACCGAAAAUGGGGGAACAAGGAGUCGAUCUGGUGGAAUGAGUGUUUCUCUUGCCAGCCCUGAUGGUCGUGUUGUUGGUGGAGGAGUUGCUGGUCUACUUGUGGCUGCUAGUCCUGUGCAGGUUGUGGUUGGAAGCUUUUUGCCAAGCUACAAGCUGGAGCAAAAAACCAAGAAGCCGAAAUUAGAGACUUCAUCUGUGUCAACACCCACAGCUGCAGUUCCAAUUUCCAGCAUGGAGAUGGAUGAGGCUUAUGGUAGUGCGCAAGGGCUGCGGAGCUCAGCAGCUCCAAAAACAAACCUCGCAACUUCCUCGACCUUCAGGGCAGAAAACUGGGCUGCUCCUCUACAGUCAACAUCUGGCACAAGGAACUCUACAACAGAUAUCAACGUUUCUUUGCCUGCAGGCUGAAGUUAUUCAGAAAGUCAUUUGUUGCACACCUCCGAGGCAUCACACUGACCUGAAGUAGACAACCUUUUUAACAGCUGCCUCUGCAUGUGUUGCAAUUGACUGGAACUCACCUUCUCUAACUUGUGUUGUAAGCUUGUUUGCAUGCUUUAGCUUUUCACCAGGAGAUGAACUUUAAUUGCAUGGUUUUCCUAGGUUUCGCUGGAACAGAAUGAUGACUGUGCUCCUUGUUGUUGUCUAGCUUGGUUGAUAUUUAUAUUUGUAACACCUGGUUUUCAUUCAGUGGUGUUUAAAUUCAAUCAUUUGUAGUUUCAGUAAAUUUCCUGUUGAUGGAUACUUAA